GUCCAAUAAGCAUGUGGCUCCUGAUCAUCUGUUGCAAAUCUGCCAGCGCAUCGGUCCUAUGUUGGAUAAAGAAAUUCCACCCAGUAUUUCAAGAGUCACUUCUUUACUUGGUGCAGGAAGGCAGUCUUUGCUACGUACAGCAAAAGACUGCAGGCACACAGUUUGGAAGGGCUCUGCCUUUGCUGCUCUUCAUAGAGGAAGACCUCCUGAAAUGCCGGUGAAUUAUGGUUCCCCACCAAAUCUUGUGGAGAUACAUCGAGGAAAACAACUCACAGGGUGUUCCACUUUUAGCACAGCAUUUCCAGGAGUUAUGUAUCAGCAUAUAAAAAUGCACAGAAGGAUUCUCGGACAUCUAUCUGCUGUUUACUGUGUAGCAUUUGAUAGGACAGGACAUAGAAUCUUUACAGGUUCAGAUGAUUGCUUAGUAAAGAUUUGGUCAACACACCAUGGACGUCUAUUGUCCACAUUAAGAGGUCAUUCUGCAGAAAUUUCAGAUAUGGCAGUAAACUAUGAAAACACAAUGAUUGCUGCAGGGAGCUGUGAUAAAAUCAUCAGAGUGUGGUGCUUGAGAACUUGCGCCCCAGUUGCUGUGCUCCAAGGACACACAGGAUCAAUUACGUCUUUACAGUUCAGCCCAAUGGCCAAAGGCUCUCAAAGAUAUAUGGUUUCCACUGGUGCUGAUGGGACAGUUUGCUUUUGGCAGUGGGAUUUAGAAUCUCUAAAAUUCAGUCCACGUCCCCUGAAGUUCACUGAAAAGCCUAGGCCAGGCGUUCAGAUGCUUUGUUCUUCUUUUAGUGUUGGUGGUAUGUUUUUAGCCACAGGUAGUACUGAUCAUGUAAUCAGAAUGUAUUUUUUGGGUUUUGAAGCACCCGAAAAAAUCGCAGAACUUGAAAGUCACACUGAUAAAGUAGAUAGUAUCCAAUUUUGUAACAAUGGUGAUCGGUUCCUAAGUGGUAGCAGAGAUGGAACAGCACGGAUUUGGAGAUUUGAGCAGUUAGGAUGGAGAAGCAUUUUAUUGGAUAUGACUACCAGAAUCUCAGGGGAUUUAUCUUCAGAAGAGGAAAGGUUUAUGAAACCCAAAGUAACAAUGAUAGCUUGGAAUCAGAAUGAUAGUAUUGUUGUCACAGCUGUGAAUGAUCAUGUCCUCAAAGUAUGGAAUUCUUAUACUGGACAACUGCUUCAUAACUUGUUGGGACAUGCUGAUGAAGUAUUUGUUUUGGAGACACAUCCCUUUGAUUCCAGAAUUAUGUUAUCUGCAGGACAUGAUGGUAGCAUAUUUAUAUGGGAUAUUACAAAAGGCACCAAGAUGAAACAUUACUUUAAUAUGAUUGAAGGCCAAGGACAUGGAGCUGUGUUUGACUGUAAGUUUUCACAGGACGGACAGCAUUUUGCCUGUACAGAUUCUCAUGGGCAUCUUCUGAUAUUUGGUUUUGGAUGCAGCAAACCAUAUGAAAAGAUUCCUGAUCAGAUGUUCUUCCAUACUGACUAUCGCCCACUGAUUAGAGAUUCUAAUAAUUACGUCUUAGAUGAGCAAACUCAGCAGGCGCCGCAUCUUAUGCCUCCACCAUUUUUGGUAGAUGUAGAUGGAAACCCUCAUCCAACUAAGUAUCAGAGACUAGUACCAGGCCGAGAAAAUUCUUCAGAUGAACAUUUGGUUCCACAGCUAGGCUAUGUGGCAACUAGUGAUGGAGAGGUGAUUGAACAAAUUAUAAGCCUCCAAACCAAUGAUAAUGGUGAACGAAGCCCAGAGUCCAGUGUUCUUGAUGGAAUGAUAAGACAGUUGCAGCAGCAGCAAGAUCAGAGAAUGGUAGCAGAUCAGGAUACUUUUCCAAGUGGACUUCUAAAUGGGGAAGAAACACCUCGAAGAGGUGUCAAGUGGAAAUUGGAAGACUUCCGAAUAGAGAAAGGUGAAGAGGAAAGAAAUCUUUAUAUAAUAGGAAGAAAAAGGAAGACUUUCCAGCUCUCACAAAUGUCUGAUUCAGUAGUUUUGGUGUCACAGCCUAGGCAGAGGACAUGUAGGCGUAAAUAUCCAAAUUAUGGUAGAAGAAAUCUUGGUCAGCGUCAGUUAUCUUCUGGAAAUGAAUCUUCAAGCUCUAUAAGACAUGAGACUUCCUGUGAUCAAAGCGAAGGUUCUUGUUCUUCUGAAGAAGAUGAAUGGAAAAGUGAUAGAAAAAGUGAAAGUUACAGUGAAAGUUCAAGUGACUCUUCAUCUAGGUAUUCCGAUUGGACAGCUGAUGCAGGAAUCAACUUACAGCCUCCUCUACGAAUGUCAUGUCGUCGACGAAUUACCCGAUUUUGUAGUAGUUCAGAGGAUGAAUUGUCUACUGAGAAUUUAUCUCCCCCCAAAAGAAGACGAAAGAGAAAGAAAGGAAGUAAGCCUAAGAAAGAGAAUUUGCAGAGGAUGACUCCAGCAGAACUUGCAAAUAUGGAGCAUUUAUAUGACUUUCAUCCUCCAGUUUGGAUAACUGACACCACACUUAGAAAAUCUCCUUUUGUUCCUCAAAUGGGUGAUGAGGUAAUAUAUUUUCGACAGGGUCAUGAAGCUUAUAUUGAGGCUGUCAGAAGAAAUAAAAUUUAUGAACUGAACCCUAACAAGGAGCCAUGGAGAAAAAUGGAUCUUAGGUUGAGUAUAUUCCUUAUAUUAGAAACUGUAUUAACUGCUUGUAUUAAAAAAGAUGUGGAGAUUAACUUUAGAUAUCAUGAUAUGCCAGAUGUUAUUGACUUUCUUGUAUUGCGUCAAUUUUAUGAUGAAGCAAGACAGAGGAAUUGGCAGUCUUGUGACAGAUUCCGCUCUAUUAUUGAUGAUGCUUGGUGGUUUGGAACGGUGUUAAGUCAAGAGCCGUAUCAACCGCAGUAUCCUGAUAGUCAUUUCCAGUGUUACAUUGUUAGGUGGGACAAUACUGAAAUUGAAAAACUUAGUCCAUGGGACAUGGAACCAAUUCCCGAUAAUGUUGAUCCACCUGAAGAAGUAGGAGCUAGUAUUUCUGUCACAUCAGAUGAGCUAGAGAAGUUGCUCUACAAACCACAAGAUGGUGAAUGGGGUCAGAAAUCGAGAAAUGAAGAAUGUGACCGAAUUAUCAGUGGUAUAGAUCAACUUUUGAAUCUGGAUAUAGCAGCAGCUUUUGCAGGCCCAGUUGAUCUAUGUACAUAUCCAAAGUACUGUACUGUAGUAGCUUAUCCAACUGAUCUUUACACAAUUCGAAUGAGACUUGUUAAUCGAUUUUACAGGAGGCUGUCUGCAUUAGUCUGGGAAGUCAGAAAUAUAGAACAUAAUGCCAGAACAUUUAAUGAACCUGAGAGUGUAAUUGCAAGAUCAGCUAAAAAGAUAACUGACCAACUUUUAAAAUUUAUCAAGAAUCCAGAUUGUACAAAUAUCUCAGAACUUUCUAACACGUCUGAAAACGAUGAGCAAAAUGCUGAGUAUUUGGAUGAUAGUGAUCUUCCUAAAACAUCUUCUGCAAGAAGAAGAGUCCAUAAUUGGAAAAAAAGGAGCAGUAGAGCUCCCAACUAUGUUGAAAGCAACUGGAAGAAACAGUGUAAGGAACUAGUGAACUUAAUUUUUCAGUGUGAAGAUUCUGAACCAUUUAGACAACCUGUUGAUUUGGAUGAAUAUCCAGACUACCGAGAUAUUAUAGAUACUCCAAUGGAUUUUGGAACAGUGAGGGAAACCCUAGAAGCAGGAAAUUAUGACAACCCUAUGGAAUUUUGCAAAGACAUCCGGUUGAGAUUUAGCAAUGCAAAAGCAUAUACACCAAACAAGAGAUCAAAGAUUUACAGUAUGACCUUGAGAUUGUCUGCCUUAUUUGAAGAAAAAAUGAAGAAAAUCUCUUCUGAUUUUAAAAUUGGUCAAAAAUUCAAUGAAAAACUUAGAAGAAGCCAGAGGUUCCAGCAAAGGCAAAAUUGCAGUGAUGUCAGUCAGGCUAACAAGAGUAUCAGAAAUAUCAAGCAGAAGCGGUUAAAAUCUCAGACAAAAGUAAUUCCUGAAAUAAGAAAUACAUAUGUGAAAUACAUAUCAGAAUCAUUAGAAAGAGUGAGAAGAAACAGACCUAUAACUCUAACAAAUGGUUCUACAUUAUCUGAAAGUGAAAUGGAAGAUUCCUUAGAUACCUCUUCUUCAUCUUCAGCUUCAAAUAGUUCAGAGGAAAGCAAAGAAGAUGUCAGUUUAGAAAAUGUGUGCACUAGAAGCAAAAAUGGCAGGAAAAAGCCUCUCCAUUUUGCUUGUACCACCUCUAAGAUACUGAGUGAUUGUGAGGGAGAUGUAAACUGUGAAGUGCCAAAUGAACAGUAUGCCUGUAAAGGUAAGCCACCUGAACCUGACUCAGAAGGUGGUACAAAAAGUAUUAGUCAGUCUUUAAAAGGAGACUCAGACUCUGAAGGUAUGUUGAAUUCAGAAUACGAGAACAGGCAUACCAGUAGUAGCAAAACAACUGUACCUUCUAAAACAAAAAAUUCCUCUAUUGGGUCUUCAGAAGAAGAUUCAAAAAGCCAUAUUCCAGGGAAUGAGAUUGGUUUUUCUUCUGGAUCAACAUUGGCCCAAAAAGUUACUGCAGAGAAUAACUUUGAAGAGGAACUGAAUUAUGGGCUACGCAGGUGGAAUGGCAGAAGACUCAGGACCUAUGGAAAGGCUCCUUUCAGUAAGACAAAAGUGAUUCAUGAUUCGCAGGAAGUAGCAGAGACAGAAAUAAAAAGGAAGAGAUUGCAUCCUGAAUUGGAAAAUAUGAAUUCUGAUAAAACCAGGAGUUCAAAGUUUGGACNUCUGAAACUGAUUUCUUUCACUCAUUUUUCAGAAUCUGUUCCUAGAGACAGAGAACCCAAUACAAAAAUGAGAACAUGUAUGCAUAAUCAGAAGGAUGCAGUGCAAAUGCCUAGUGAAACUCUGAGAGCAAAAAUGGUACCUGAGAAAGUUCCCCGCAGAUGUGCUACUGUUGCUGCAAAUAAAAUAAAGAUAAUGAGUAACCUAAAAGAAACGAUUUCAGGACCAGAAAAUGUCUGGAUUAGGAAGAGCAGCAGAAAACUGCCCCAUCGAAAUGCUUCUGCUGCGGCUAAGAAAAAAUUACUGAAUGUUUAUAAAGAGGAUGAUACAACCAUAAAUUCUGAAAGUGAAAAAGAGCUAGAAGAUAGUAAUAGCAAUAUGGGUUUUUUUAGGCGGUUCAGAUCCUGGAAAGAAAAAGCACAAUAGUGACUAUGAGAAUGUAGAAGUGGUAUCUGAAAACAAUCAGGGGCUACAAGUAAACUGGCCGUUGAAUCUGUUCCUAGCUAUAAAGUUAAUCCCUUAUUGGCAUCUUUUGAGGAAUUUUCUAAAAGCCAUAAUCCAGUGGGUCAAAGUGGGAGGAAGGCUUCCUUCCAGUGAGCCCCUGUACUCACACACACCACAGGGAAUUCUGAGGAGGAAAAAGACUGUGAAGCCUGUAGUUGGAGAGGUGGAAGGAAAAGACAAAUGGCCUGUCAUAAGGUAACUUUCUUUCCAGAAAGCAAGGGCUCUGAAGAAACUGGAUUCUUUAGAGGAAGAAAAUAGUGGGAAUUGUAGAGUGUACAUAGGAAAAAUUCAAGAACUGAAAAGAUUUCAAAAUCUCAAUCUGAUAUAAUUUUAAGGUCCUCCAUUAGGCUAAAAAUUCAGACCACCAUGACUGUGGUGUCAUUACUGAGAUCAGAGAAAAAAAUUAGGUACAUUUCCAAAAGUGCAAAUGAGCCUAUUUGACUUUUGAGUGAAGCAAAAACUUUAAUCAGGUCCAGUCUCAUAAUUCACAUUCCCAAAGAUCAAAAACAAUUUAAACUAGAAGGACCAGGGGAUUCAAUGCUGGGGAUGUUGAUUAUUGAGUUCUGAAGUUGAGUGUUAAAAAUGGGCAAUUAGAGAAAAUCCAUUAACGUCUUAUUUUGUUGAUAAUACUGGAAUCCAUACUGAAUGAUGACCACUUGAUAUGACUAAUUCAGGGAGUAUAUAUUUUUCUAUGAAAGCUAUGAAUGUGACUAUCACAGCUUUUCCUUAUUUCUACUUUCACAAAGCAGCAUUUACAGAAAUGCCAAAACAUGCCUCACUGAGGCAGG